AUCCUCUCUUUACUAGCGUCCGCGUCGGUUGGAUAUAGUGUUAGUUGAAAUCGAUACAAAUAAACCGGUAUAAUCGGCAGUUAAUCCAGAAAUAAGUAGUUAAAAUGUAGAGUUUUAUAAUUGGAUGCAAUUUCAAUUGGUUGGUGUACGAUACUUUUGUUUAAUUUUGGAACGGAACCAAUAUCAUUUCCUCAAACUUUCAGGUAGCUGCCGCACCUGUUUAAACGGAAUCCAGGAUGCAAGGGGAUAACAGGGAACUAGUCAGAGGGCCAGAGGUUUCCCAAUCUAAGGGCAGACCUGGUGAUGAUGACAUGACUGAGGGGGACCUGGGGGAUGGAAUGGUCAACCGACCAGACCACUGUAUCAGCAAAAAACUCCAGAGCCGGACUGGCAGCAGGGGCCAUGCUAAGGAGCUGCUGCCUGGGACGGGGAUCCUAAAGCAGGGCAGUGAGGUUGGGGAUGCAGCCUUCUCCUGGACUUCCUGCAGAGGAAUGUACACAGCGUUUAGACAAGAGCUGGAGGAGGAGCAGACGUUACCACGAUGGAGGGUCAGAAAGACAGAAUCCUUGAAUGAUCUGUCCAAUGAGGAGCUGAAAGAGAGGCUACAGGAAAUGACAGAGGAGGCGGAACUUCUUCGCUGUGAGUUGGAGGUCACCAGUCGUCAUCUGGAGGGUAAACACGAAGCACUAAAGAUCCUCCAGGGACAGGCUAUUCUAAAAAGAGCCACCAGUCACACUCACAUCCUUCUCCAGAAGAGCGAGGAAAGAACCAAGGCCCUCGAAAAGGAAGUGAAUGCCCUGCAGUGGGAGAUCACAUACAACCAAAUGCAGUUCAAGAACUUUGAGUUGUCCUGGGAGCAGAAAUACUCCAGGGUUUGCAGUGAGAACAAGGGACUGAGUGACAGUCUGGAAGACAGGGUGAGGGAGGUGCAGGAGCUGAGGGCAGAGAAUGCUGCUGUGAGUCAGCAGUGUCUGGAGCUCCUGGCCAUGCUGAACGUCCGGGAGCAGAGGGUGUUUCAGGGGACCAAGCCCCCCAGUGGCCAGGGGAGAGCCAGGGACCAGAGGACUGUACUGGAGCUGGCUGUGUUGGGUGCAUGCCAGUGUCCUAAUGUAAAAGAGGCUUGCCAGUGUGCCCGGACUGCAGCCGCCAGCAGGAAACAGGUGCUUCAGCUCAAACUGGAACUGGAGGACUAUAGCAGGAGUAGAGAAGAGGCUAUGCUGAUGGCAGACGCGUUCCGGAUUGCCUUCGAACAGCAGCUCAAGAGGCGCAGUGACCACUUCCUGCUGUUGGCCGAGUCUGACCGGCACAAGUCCCGCCCACACCGACCAGAAGGCCAAAAUAAGACAUCUCUCAGUGUGGCUCAGAGACUUAGAGGACUGCUUCCGUCUGGCACAGACAUAACGGACGACCCCACAGAGACAGUACACAAGCUCCUCGAACUGCUUAGCGACAAGGAGGAGGCUCUAGCUCAUCAGAGGAAGGUUAGCUUCAUGCUAGCCCGCAAUACAGAGGAACUGGAAAAACGUCUACAGACUGACUAUUUUACACGGCAGACAAAAAACCCUUCAACACCACACUGUUCUUUGGACACAGACAAAUGCAAGUACAACCAUGCAGAAACAAGCUGCUGCAGUACCAAUCAUGUCCUGGAGAUGGCAGGAGACAACCAAUAUCAUCAUGGGACAUCAUUAGAGUCUCCUGAACUCCCGCUGUCUGAGGUCCAAGAUGCUAAGACGGAAGACAAUGGCCCGCAGAUACAGGUCUUAUCUCCAUGACAGACAGUCACAAAGAUGGGGUAGACGAGGAAGGUGAAAUUGAGGGCAGACUGGUCAGCUUAUUGUCAAUCAACUGUCAUUGAGUGUCCCAAAUUUAAAUAGUGCACUACUUUUUACCAGGACCCAUUGGUAACAGUUUGCAAAUGGGAGGCAGCUAGAGACCUUUUUUUACUUGAGGGCAGACGGCAAUAGCAUCAGACUGUUCUUGAACCUUGCUUCUCUUUUGAAUUAAUGUAUCUUACUCUGUGCAACCUUCGUGAGUGUUUUAUUAUACUGCAUACAAUUUUAAUGCUUAAGAAUCUUAAUUGAAAAUGACCAAACCUAUAAAGUUUGGCAGAACCCCUUGCUUUGAAUAAUUCCUGACUGAUAAGACCAUUUAAAUUAUGUCUCACCAUCAAAUGCUACACAGUGCAACAUAACUGUAAACAAAUACAAUUUAUUUCAACAUAAUAAAAUAAUUGGUUGAUGAAA